AAUUCUCAAAGAAAAAAAUAAUAAUUUCAGAUAAACCCAACAUUUCAUAGCAAUAUUGCUACAAAUACAUGCAGAUCACACCAUGGAGGGUAGAGAGGCCAAAAGGAAACUCAUAGAGAAGUUUGAAAUACCCAUAAACCAUUUGGAUUUCGCUUAUAUUGGCGAUUGUGCGGAUGCACGCGAAAUGGAAAAAAUCGUACAAAUCUUACGCUCCGGCGAGGAGGGUUACUUUCCCGAUCUCACGGCAUGUGCAGAGAACAAAUUACGCGAGCUGAAGCCCAACAGUCGGCUUUUUCGCUACGAAGAAAAGCUGCAAGGCCGUGAAGCGCUCUCUAGCCACGAAUGGAAGCCGAUUUUCGAUUGGACGAAUAAUAUAAAAGCGAAGGAUAGUGUAUUGGCAACGGCUGCUGAGAAGAUGGCACAAAUCGAACUGGGCGUGCCGCCUGUGCGUAAAAGUGGCACUAUUAAGCAAACCGAUGAAAAGAAGGAGCCGCAAAAUAUUGAAGCAUCAACUGAAGCAACGAAAACUGCUGAGGAGAGCACAGGCAAGCCCAUUAAAUCAACAGAUUACCGUAAAUGGGAUAAAUACGAUGCGGAUGAGGAAUGUUUACGCAUGGAACUGGCUGAGGAACGCGUAAAGGAAGACGUAGAACGUAAGAAUCGCCUCAACAAACAAAAAUCAAAACUGCAAACACUCAACGAAUUUCCCGGAGAUGGUCCGCUAAGUGAAGAAAUGACGAGCAAACUCACCGAAGUCGAGCGCGAACGUAUUGCGGAAGAUUAUCGAUUGCGCGGCAACGAUUAUUUUCGAGCUAAAGAAUAUGAAAAUGCCAUCAACGAGUACACUCGCUCGAUAACUGUGUGUGGGUCUAAAGCAGCGGCCGCCUACAAUAAUCGUGCCGCGGCAAAAAUAAAGCUAAAACGGUAUUCCGAAGCUAUCAAAGAUUGUGAGCAAUGCCUCCAAAUAGAGCCAGAAAACUUAAAGGCGCGUUUAAGAUUAGCAGACGCCACCAAUGCCAAUGGAGAGAGGCAGGAGUCUUAUAUUCUUUAUAUGAAAGUAUUAGAACUGGAACCGAAUAAUGCUGCAGCUUUGAAAGCCAUAGAAGAUUUGAAGAACACAUUGGGUGAGCUACCACCCCUCACUGCAACUCGUCUGCAAAUCGUAGAGGAUAGUCCAAAUAAGAUUGGGAAACAAGAAAAGAAGAGAGAGUUCAAUGCAAAAACGGUAGAGAAACUAAUCGGCGAAAACAAUGAAAUGAAAAAGUCGGACAAGAAAGAGUCAACAAGCAUUGCGGCAACGAACCCACCAAGAACCAACAAACCAAAAGAUUAUGAUUUAUCGGACUUGAUUAAACCAAAUCGUUUAGUCAAAAAUAAAUUCGUCAACGCCGCAGCGGCAUUGAGCAACAUGAAGAGCGCAAAAGUUGCCAAGCAGAAGCCGCCAGCAGCCGCAGUUGAAACAUCAGCAUCGCCAGGAGUUUCCCCAGAGUUAAGGUUGCCGAAUGAUGAUGCUAAAACGGGUGGAAAAAUUUUGAUCCAAGAGAUUUAAAAAGAAAAAAUAUUUCUACUCACUGCUUAGUUCCGGCGCUUAUAAAUUUAAAUUGAAUA